AUGAUAAUGCAGCAGCAAAACAUACGGACCAGACCAGUCCUGACCUUCGUCCCAUCCACUGUACUCGGUUUGCAGAACCUGAUCAAGGCAUAUCCCAAAAAGCGCAUUCGAUGCAGCGGUUAUCGCCAUACCAGAUCCGACUUUUUCGCUGAAGAUGGAGAUAUUCUCGUCUCUUUUGUCAGCCUGCACCACGUCGCAAGUGUGCUGCCAGAAAUGAUCAGCAUCUUCACAAGUCGGAUCAACGAAGCGGAGGUGUCGGGAGAGUUGAGAAGCGUUCAAACCUCCCCUCCCAGAGCAGGCCAAACUGAGACCCAGCAUGUUCGAGUCGGUGUAGCGGUAACACCUGAAGAGCUUCGCGAGUGGGCGAUCAAAGACGGUUGGUCACUGCCCAUAGAUGUUACGGCAGACGAGAUAACCACUGGCGGUAUAAUUGGUUCCAUGUGCCACGGCUCAGGCCUGGCGCACAAGUCUAUCAACGACUAUAUCAGGUCAGUCGAAUACGUUGAUGCCAAUGGUGCCGUCCAGACGAUCACGGAUCCAAGCGAGUUACACGCUGCACUAGGUUGCUUCGGACUGCUGGGCAUCAUCACGCACGUCACCUACGAAGUCAAAAAAAUGACUUUCGCUGUCAUGCGGCCUCGCAAAGUAAAGACAAUGCUUGCCAUCCCACCCCCUGAUCCCAGUCAAGUUCCCGAGGCACUCCAUACUGAAGUCAGCCCGGAAGAACUUCAGGAAGCGAUCGCCGACUUUGAGCGACGGGCUGGACAAGAUCACUAUGCCGAGUGGUCGUGGUUUUCCUACCAAUCAGAUGUUCUUGUCAACACAUGGUCGACAAUCUCUGAUGCGAGAUGGCAGUCCCAGAUACUCGUGACAGGCAACAUGGCUGUGUUGUCGCCAUUGACCACUGAUCCAGAUGAUUUCGAGAUCAAGACCAAUUUGCCAAAUGCACUACACUUUCGACGCGGUCGCCACUACGCGAGGGCAAGAAACAUGGAGCUGGAGUUACCAAUACCGCCCUCACCAACGGACAAGAGCAAGGCGGACUGGUUGGUCGUCAGAAAAGCUUGGUGGGUCGUGAUCGACUUGGUAUACCGCUCGGCGAAUUCACCAAUGCGUUUGGCGAUGGACAUGAGAAUUACAGGUAACAGCGAAAUUAUCAUGGCUCCUCAACGUGGGAACAGUCAUGGCACUGUAGCUAUCGAGAUUGGCUCAGUCACCGACACGGUCACCGAGGAAGAGUGGCAGACUUUUUGUCAAGGCUUCGUAGAUGGUUUGACUGCAUUGGCUCCAGUAGGUAGGCUACGUCCACACUGGGGAAAAGAGUGGGUGAAGAUGCGCUUCGGUGGUCUUCCAGCUCGUGAAUAUGUCAGGACGGUGGCAUACAAGAGCGAGAUUUCAGAGUGUUUGGCGACGCUGGAGAAAAUUGGCAAACGGCAGGGUUGGACUACGAAGGGCCUGCACAAGAGGUUCUCCAACAAUCUUUUGGACGACAUUUUCUUCGGCGAGGCUCCUGCACACACUUGA